AUGUCUCCCGGGUCGCGCCUUUUCGUAUUGCUCCCUCUGCUGUGGUCCGGUGUAUCUGCUAAGCCAGCGGGACCCGGAUACUUUCCUCCUGGCUAUCACUCGCCUCCCGUGAACGGUUCGGAUGGAGAGGUAUCUGUCAAGGCGUAUGGGUUGAUUGAGCAAUAUGAUUCCAGUAACUGGCUGGACAAAUUCGAUGUUCAGGCUAUGGCAGAUCCGACCCACGGCUUCGUCAACUACGUCGACGCAGGAAGAGCGCAACAACUAGGCUUGAUCCGCAACCAGGGCAGCCAAGUCUACAUGGGCGUCGACUCCUGGGUCAGUUCCCCAUUUCUUAGAUGCCCAUACUAUAGAAUCCUUCCCACAUCAAUUCUCGUCCUUCUCCGUCCCCGUAUAUCUCGCAACCCCUCUAACCCUUCCCAGACCCGUCUCAACCCCUCCGGCCCGGGCCGCGACAGCGUCCGCAUCCAAUCCAAACGGGGCUACACGCGCGGCCUCAUCAUCGGCGACUUCGCCCACAUCCCCGGCACGGCGUGCGGCUCCUGGCCCGCCUUCUGGAUGGUGGGCCCCAACUGGCCGAACCAGGGCGAACUCGACAUCAUCGAGGGCGUCAACCUCAACCAGAACAACCAAGUCACAUUGCACACGUCCCCGGGUUGCAACGUCCAUGUCGGAGACGGCGGCCAGACGGGCCGCAGCGUGGGCAACCAGGACUGCGGCGCGGGCGGCGGGUACACGGGAUGCGGUGUCGAGGCCGUGGGCCAGCCGACGAGCUAUGGCACGCCGUUCAACGCGAAUGGCGGGGGCGUGUAUGCGGCGCUGUGGACGGAUGCCGGGAUCAAAGUCUGGUACUGGGCGGCGAGGGAUGUCCCUGGGAAUAUCAGGAAUGGGAAUCCGGAUCCGAAUAGUUGGGGGGUGCCGCAGGCGAAUUUCGCGGGUUGCGAUUUCGCGGCCAAGUUUCGCGAUAUGCAUAUUGUCUUCGACAUCACCUUCUGCGGCGACUGGGCCGGGGGCGUCUGGGGCCAGUCGAGCUGCGCGCAGAUGAAUCCGAGCUGCAAUGCCUAUGUCGCGGAGCAGCCGCAGUCGUUUGCCGAUACGUACUGGCUCAUCAAUUCCAUCAAGGUGUACGGCGUCUAG